ACCCUACACUACUGCAUAUUUAUAUUCUUGUAUGUAUAUAUAUUAUUUCGUCCAAACCUUAGCAAUCAAGUUCAAUUUUGCAACAACAAUGGAUCGGAAAGUGAUGACUAAUAAUAAUUUGGUUGCUUUGGUUUCCUAUGUGAUAAUUGUACUAGAAUUAUGCAGUUCAGCAACUUCAACAACGACGGUGGCAAAAGACCUUGUUCCAUGCACAAUGUGCGUUGAAUGCGACAAUCCCUGUCAACCCCUCUCACCUCCACCUCCCCCUGCAGUAGUAGAGUGUCCACCGCCACCUUCGUUGCCGCCGCCACCACCACCGUCACUUCCUCCGCCAGCGGUUGUUGAAUGCCCACCCCCACCGCCACCCCAACCAACAUGUCCUGAUAAUUGUGGACAGACGCAAGGGCAGCCACAUCCACCUCCGUAUCCGGUGGGAUCUUACUAUUUUCCGGGAGGAACGCCAUCCUCAUCAGGCGGCUAUGCUCCUCCUAAUUAUUACAACAAUGGAGAAAGAAUGGUGCCAUUUUCUGCCAUGCUGUUUCCCAGUCACUUUCUCUGCUUAGUUUAUGUGCCCUUUCUUUAUUACUUGUUCACUUAGCUCAGUUAUUUAAGUUAAUUUUUUCUUCUAGCUAUUUCACCUUAUUUGAAUAUUUGUACUGGACUCACAUGUUUAAUUUCCGUAACCAAAAUAGAUGAGGAAAUACAUCCUAGUCCAAUCCAAAAGCAGGUGUUUUAUAUAUAAAUAUACAUCUAAUUUUACUACUCGUUCUUAAGUGUCUAACUAGAUGUAGGUAUAUGUUAGUUGAAUCAAAUGAAUUGAAUGAUGGCAUGAUGCUGUAACGAAAGUUUAAAGGGAUAUCCGUUUGUUGAAUCAUGAAGGAUGAGAUAAUUAUCUAAGCCCCUUUUACUUUCUUAUA